CAAUAAAAUCUAGCUUUACCUUACGCCUGGAUUUUUUUAAACUUUGAUGUAAAAAUGUCAGCGGGCUUUCCCAUGAGAGGUUGGUGGUUGAAUUCAAGAUGGCGACUUCCACGUUGUUGCGAAGUCUUUCCAAAAUACAUUUAUCGGCUGUAGCAACGGCAUUUCCAAGGCGCCAGUAUAACUUGCUCUCUUCACUGAAUGCAACAAAACAAUGUAAAAUUCUUGCACAACAAUUGAAUGUGGGCAGUUUGGGAGUUCUGAAAUAUUCAACAUUAAAUAGCAGAGUCAAAACACAGCCAAUGCCUAGACUAGGGACUUUUGCAUCAGGGGUAAGAUGGAUGCCAACACUCAACCAAAUCCGCCGACAGAAGCCCCGCACAAAAAACAUGGCAAUCAAGAAAUUUGUUCCACCAUCAGAAAAAGUUAUGCUUGGGCCACAGAGAAAGGGCGUUUGUGUGAAAGUGUUCAUCAGAAAACCUAAGAAACCAAAUUCUGCUCAGAGAAAAUGUGCAUUGCUUAAACUGAGCAAUGGCAAAACAAUAUCUGCAUACAUACCAGGGGAAAGAGGCCAGCUCCAGGAACAUGGUGUGGUCAUAUUUGAAGGCGGCAGAGUCCAGGACUGUCCAGGAAUUAAGUACAAGAUCAUACGAGGGAAGCUUGACAUGAACUAAUUAAUACAAAUACCUCCACUAAGGGACAUAAACAACUAAACCUCUAGAGAAAAGCUUGACAUAAACUUAUUGAUACGAAUACCUGGUCUUUAACAAAAUUGUCAGAGAAAAUCUUCACAUGAACUGAUUAUUACUGUAGAAAACCUGUAACAAAUUAUCAUAGGAAAGCUUGACAGAGAAUAAUUAAUGUAAAUACAGGGAGUCAGGUCUCCUAGAUAUUCCAGGAGCCUCAUGAUUUCUGGCCUUAUCUCCUGUACUUAUAAUCUUCUAGAUCUUCUCUUUUAAAUUUUACUUGAUUAAAGAUGACAGGUACUGUUUAUAGAGAAUUAUUUUUAAACAUAAAAUCUGUAAUUUAUAGCCUGUUUUGACAAACAAUUGCUGUUUGCAUUUUUAUUAGCAGUAGACAGAAGAUUUGGUCUUAAACCUUACAAACCAGCAAACAAGAACUGUAGAAUAUGGUAAAACUAUGAGGUGGUCCCAAUCAAAUGCUCUGGAAACAGGGUUACAUGUCACA